CCGUUCUCCAAUCGACCUGCCUGGUAUAUUAGAACCUACGGGAACAUAUGUUCCAGCCAAUAUCGCCCGACCAUCACUUCAAGGUAGCAACUACGGUCGAGAGUGUUGAUCCUCUUUAGGUUUUAUUGAUUAUUAGGAGUAAGGAAUCCUCACACAUAGCAGAGUGUUAUAAUGUCGAGCUGCUAAUAACAUGCACCAAAAUCAACCUUAGUAUUCUAAUUCUCUCCAAAGCGAAAACAAGCUUGGAUUGAUUUUGAGAUUAGAUACAUUUAAUGGUAGGAUGUAAAAAUUAUUCAUGUUAAUAAACCACGGAAAAUUAAAAAAAGAAUAGGGAUUCAUUAAUUUUCCAAGUAACUCGACAAUAUAGAGUUGCCUGAUUCUAGGUAAUGUAGAUGUUAUACAUAACUGUUAGACAUAAAUAAUACUAAUUUCUGAGCUGGUUGAAAUAAAAUUCCAGGAAUUCUUAUUACAGACUGAAAAAAGCCAUCGGACUAAAAGGUGUAUUCUUUUUAGUUUAUUGAAUCGUGGAGAACCUCGAGCUUUGUAGUUCCACAUCACGCACUGAACCUUUCCUGACACCUACUACAAACCAGGAAGCACUGAACAGUUGUUUCGCUCAAGUAUAAAACUCCUCAACAUAGAAUUGACUAAAGUUAGAAUUACACAUCAUUUAAUGUUAGCUCAGUGGUCUUAAGGUUAAGCACUCUCUGAUAAGCUUGAAGUAUUAGACUUAAUCUUCACUCACACUCAAUGACGAGCAGACCUGUUGUAUAACGAAACGGUUGUUCAGUUCAUCCUGGUUUCUAAUGGUUUUAUAAGGUUAACCUGUAAUUUUAAAACCCCAAGAUGGAUAAGUAGUCGUAUUUUUUUACUACAGUAAUCCGGUUAGUUUAGGCAUGUAUUCCACUAAGAACUGACAUUACUUACACUAUUAUUAUGAAUUAAAAAGGAGCAGAAGCUUAUUUGUCUCAAGUUUACGGCUUCUAUUCCUUACAAUCAGAUUUAUUGUGACGACUAAUUACUAUUGAUAAAUUGAAUUCCUCCUAAUAAGAUGUACAACUCCACAACAAGACCUAUAUCACCUCAUUUUUGCAUUCUUUUUCAUCUUAAAAAAAUUCAAAACGAAAAAUAUCUUCACAUUAAUCCUGAUAAAUUAUUAACCUGAGUUUUCACCUGGAAUUUGUAUGGCCUGAUCAUUUAGCUUUCUAAAGAAUGUUAACGACUCACUAUUAUUUCAAGACGAUAUAAGUAUAUACAAUGAUAAUUACAUUUAUCAGCUUGUGAAUACCUUUAUUCUUUCAUUCAGAACAGCAUAAAAUAAGUGUAUCAUAAUUUACAAAGCUAUCACAUGUAUUGGCACGUAUCGAGUUAAUAGUAUAUGCACAAAUAAACAAUCAGUCUUAAGCAUAAAUAAUUCCUUUAGAAUAUACAUCUACUGUUAUAAUUAUUCAUUAAAAUAAGCUAUGCUCAAUUAAGUUUUAAUCAAGUAUACACCACUCAUAAUCAAUAUUCUCUGUCAAAUGGGUUAAGGAAUCAAAUAACAAAAACUAAUUAAGAUUUAUGUUAUUUGAUUACAGAAUUUUAUUAUUUACGUAAGUAUUCAUGAAUGAUAAUGAAUAAUAAUGACAAAAAUGAUGAGAUCUUUUGCAGAAUGUCAUUUUUUUAUUAAUCAUAUCAAUAACCUCUAGAAAGAGAAUUGAAUACAUUUAACUACUCCUAUGUGAUUCGUAAAUAUGAUAUUUAUCUAAAUUGGAUUAAAUGUUUGAUAGACGAAAGAGAAAUGAUCUACUUAAUACUUCAUUUGAUCAUGGAGGUUAAUGGAAGUAUUACAGGAGGCUACCAUUGGGAUUUAGAUAUAUAAUGACAACUUUUGUUCGUUAAUUAUGAGUUAAGUUGAUGAAAAAACAAAUAAGGAAUAAAAAAUUCGAUUUAAUUAUUAAAGCAAGACUCUCAUCGAAGUUUUACUUAAAACAUCUCUGAGACUAAUCUCUAGCUUUACAAGUGAUAGCGUGUGAUCACGUAUUUCAGAAAAUGACUAAUGAAUGAAAAGAUUUAGGUGUUGUGUCCUCACAGCUAAAUACAAGCAACUAAAACACAAUUCUAGUCAACAGCUGAUCACAUUCCAGAUCAUCAGAACAAGUUGUCGGUGAAGUCUACAAAAGUCUUGAUAGGUCACUUUUUGAAACAUGUACUAAUUGUAUGUUUUAGAAAAACAAUGAAAGCUUCAAAACUAAGCCAUUGAUCACAGAGAAAUAUCUCUCAAAUCCUCCUCAUGAGCUACAAAUAUUUGUCAUUAUCUCAAACAAACAAAAACAGAUAAGAUAGAUAUGCAGGUCCCAUAAUCUAUGUUGUUCAUCGGUUACCGAACGGAGCAUUCCAUUUAAUUUACUAAAUAUUUGAAAAUGUCAGUUGGAGGGUUGUAAAUCCCUUUUAUAGUAUAUUUUUCAUUUCUCCAUAUUGUCGAACAGAAAUCAUAUCAAUAAUAGUUGCAUAUAUUAUGGGAAAGUACAUUGAUAAUACAAAUUACUUAUUGUUUUCUAGAAUCGACUAUUUGUUUAUUCCGUAACUAUAAGCCAUCUAGUAUACUGCAACUUACCGGAAUAAUUUUCUAUUGUUGUGAAAUUUUUAAGUGUCUGGUCGAUUCGUACUACAAUUUUUCAAUACUAUCUGACUAUUUCGGCACUAAUCAUAUAGUUAACUUGAAACUGAAAUCAAAAUAUCGCCUUUUUAUUUGAUCACUGAUGAUAACUGUAAUUGCUAAAAGUGGUUUUUAUGAAAUCUGUGAAUGGCAUUUGCAAUCCAGGUUUUUGAAAAAAAUAUUGCCCAGGAAUUGGAUUUCAAAGGAAUGAUUGUUGUGGACAGUUAAGGCCCGAAUUUCAAAACCAUUCCACUAAUGUGUCGGUAAUACAACAGAGGAAAAACAUCAGUCUUGUUCGAAACCAGGUUAGCAUCGAAUUUAUACUCUUUACACGUUAUUUUGUCUACCCAACCAUAUCUGAGUUUGAUUUUGUUCUGUAUUAAUAAUAAAGUUAGAUUGGUUAUUUUUGCUGUUACUUAUCUAGUCAUAGGUCAGUAUUUGUGAAUAAUACGAAAUACACAUACGUACUAGUAAAACAUAUCUUGUUGUGUUUUGAACACCUUUAUGUUUUUUUUUAAUACUUAAAAUGUUGUGUUAUUUAAAAUCAGCUAGUGAUAAACUGUUUUUUCUUGUUUAUCUAGGGAAACAUUUUUGUACAGUCAUGAUUUGACAAUCAAUAUUUGCUCUAAUAUGAUCAAAAUAUUUCAUUGAUCUUUUCGAUGCAUCGUACUACUAAUUAUAAAUUCACUUAACUAAACAAGCAAUCUGUUAUAUAGUACAUGAAACACCAAAUAUUUUCAUAGUUCUUCGCAAAACGAGAUGGUAUAUAUUUGGAAAAAAAAGUCAUGAAAAUAAGUCUAAUGAUUGUACUCAAAUCAAAUUGAAUGUUAUGUUUUCGAAAAUAAUUCAUAUUUAGUUUAUUAUCAAAAAGACGGUUUAUUGGUAUAUUAAAAAGUCAAAUGUGAAUUUUUAGACAAUCAGUUAUGAAUUGAUAAUGGAUCAAUACGAAAAAUUACUCUGUAGCAAAGUUUCUCAUACUUACAACCAUUGUCUAGAACAUUUGAAUACACAAAUUCUUCUGUUCGAUUCGUUCCCUGUUCUUCCUCAAGACAAACAAUCGAAAUCCCUUCAUAAUUCCCAGUCAUUGGUUGAUAGUGGUUAUGUUCCACAAAGAACACAUUCAUGGAUUGACGAUGAAACUGGUCCAACAGUUGAUAAACAUCACUCAUCCACUCCACAGUUGCAUCAAAUAAGUAUGUCCAAAGACAGUAAUCUUCAUAAGCAGAAUCCUGGGUUCAGUUCAUCAGAAUGUUACAGUCCAUCUCUACCAUCAUUAACAGAGAAGAAAUUCAACUCCUCUUAUACAGAUUUGACUCCUAGUAAAAUACCUAUAACACACCAAAAACAUUUGGAUUCUGAAACUGGAAGCCGCUCAAAUUUAAGUGUAGCUAGUGGGGUAUAUCCUGAUAACACACAAAAUCCCACAAAACUUAACUCAGUUAAAGUUUUAAAUGUUCAAGACCGAAGAAAAAGCAGUUCUCUGAAUGAAUCCGACUUUAUUCGUGUGCAUAAUUAUGAAGCUACAUCUCUAUCAAGGGUAAAUGAAAUCGAUGCCAAUAAGGCUUGUGCAAAGGGUCUUAGUCCAGCACAGAGUUUUAGGUCGCUGUUUCACGUCGGGCUAAAUAAAAAUCAUGCCAGUCAUGCAUCCUCCCUAAGUGUAUACAGUGAACGCGAAUCAUGUUACGCGCAUGGCAUUCAAAUAUCUGGAGAGAUGCUUAUGGCUGUGAUAUACGAUGAUGCGUAUAAUACACUGAGAAUCAGUAUCAAACAAGCACGUAACCUAGCGAUAGCAGACAGAAAACGCAACAUAACCAAUCCCUAUGUGAAAUGCUAUUUACUACCAGAUCGAACUAAGGGUAGCAAGCGAAAAACAUCAUACAAAAAGGCAACAUGUAAUCCAGUUUAUGAUGAAGAAUUUAAAUAUCAUAUACUAAAACAGGAUCUAACAUUGCGUACACUUCAAGUAUCUGUUUGGCAUCAUAAUGCAUUGGGUUUGAAUUUAUUUCUGGGUGAAAUUUUUCUACCGCUGACAUUCCAUCAGUUUGAUCAAGCCUCUCAUUGGUAUACACUUGGUGAACACCGUUUCCUUCCAACGAUAUCACACUUACAAAUCAGUCGAGGUGAAAUAGUUUUGGCCAUAAAACUCGUACCAGGUGAGACAGGUAGUAAUCGGGGUGAAAUUCACGUGUGGAUCAAAUCUGCUAAAGGUCUCAAUGCGUCUACUGACGGGAUGGCUCCACAAAAGGAUAACGUUGAUCCCUAUGUAAAAAUAUAUAUGUUACCCGGCAAAGAAAAGUAUUCGAAACAGAAGACAAAAGUUGUCAGAAAGAACAACAAUCCCGAAUGGAACCAAGCUAUUAUAUACAGAGAUAUUAUCCUUAAUUCUUUAAAUGAAAUUGGAAUAGAAAUUUCUGUUUGGGAUUACGAUCGGUUCUCAUCGAAUGAUUUCCUUGGAGGAUGCAGAAUCAACUGUGGAUCACGUAAUCAACCAUGGUUGGAUGCAAUGGAUGCUGAAAAGUCAGCUUGGUUGGCUAUGUGCGAAAGACCAAAUAUUUGGAUUGAAGCAACAAUACAAUUACGAUCCAACUUAAACUGACGAUCUUUGUACUAGAGGGCAAGAAAUCAGUGCUUCCAUUCUUUCGUCAAGUUCAGAAAAUCAUGAUCAAUUUCCAGUAUGAAUAAAAAUUAGUAGUAUUCACAAUUAAAUACUUUCAUGGAUAUGAUUUCAUUAAGUCUGUAUUCUCAUAAUAUGCUCCUGAUGUUUUAUUGGUUGCAUUUUGAUAGAAACUUUUGGUAAAUAUUUUCUUAUGCAAUCUUCUUACCUUUUGAAUCUUCUUUUACUUAAUAAUCACUAGUAUUAUUACUAUUAUUAUUGAUGAUAGAUACACUAUCAUUAUCAUUAUCUUGUUCAUUUUCUAAUAUAUUUUGUUAAAUUGAAAAGAAACGCUAAAUAAUAAUCAUUGGAAUAUUACAGCUUUGUAAUUUACUGCUUUGUAAGGCUUAUUAUCCUUUUUGUUCUGUUGUUUAUUAUAAUCAAUGAUGCUAUACAGUUUGCAUGACAAUUAAUUCUAACAGUGUAAUCUUGUGUACAAUUUAUCAUAAAAUACAAUGAAAAAAUUGGUUGCA